UAUAUUUCUCACAUGGUAUCAGAGCAUUGGUGAGAAACUUACCCAAAAUAAUAAUAAAAAAAAGUCAGAAUCCGGUGACUGUAACGGCUGGUUUGCAUUGUUGUCUUGUUUUACAAGUGUUGUGUGAAAACCCACACCACCACGAGGUGCGGAACACUCAGCGAGCAAACCCCAGUGGGAUCCUCUGACUUUCACCUUGUCACGCUCCCCCACGCGCUGCCGGCAGCUCUAGGUUCGCGUCACCACGCGCGUCACGUGCCGGCGAGUGCGACACUUUCCGGCCAGUUUUUUCGACCCAUUUUUUUUCAUUGAGGUCGCCUCUCCAUUCUGAGGCAGACUGUAUAUUUAUUUUCUUAUUCCGACCAGUUUCGGGCAGUCAGACCUAAUUUCCGGCGACUGCACCCUUUUUUUUCCAGAUUCCGACCAUCCUUGUCUGUUUUUUUUUCUCUCUCUAAAUUCAUAAUAUGUCUUUAGGGAUUGAUAUUUUUGGCUCCAAGAAUAUAGGUAGUUCAAGUGCUAUGAUCACUUCAGAACCAUUAAUGGGAAGCUCAAACUAUUUAGCCUGGGCUUCCUCGGUUGAGUUAUGGUGCAAGGGGCAAGGCGUUCAUGAUCACUUAACCAACAAUACUUGUGUGGUAGAUGAAAAGGCAAAGGCUAGUGAGACAGAUAAUAAAGUCAAAGCACAAUGGGAGAAGGUUGAUGCUCAAUUAUGUAGUCUCCUAUGGCGAUCUAUCGAUUCCAAGUUGAUGCCCUUGUUUCGCUCAUCCCAAACAUGUUAUUCAGUUUGGGAAAAGGCUCGUGCUUUAUAUACUAAUGAUAUAUCUCGAUUCUAUGAUGUGAUAUCUAGAAUGACUAGCUUAAAGAAACAAGAAUCCGAUAUGUCUACUUACUUGGGACAGGUACAAGCAGUCAUGGAGGAAUUUGACACGUUGAUGCCAAUCACUACAAAUGUGGACAAACAACAAGAACACAGACAGACGUUGUUUCUAGUUCUUACACUUGCUGGACUUUCUACUGACCAUGAUUCAGUGCGUGAUCAGAUUUUAGCUAGUCCUACAAUUCCUACAGUUGAUGAAUUAUUCUCUCGUCUACUUCGUCUUGCCGUGCCUCCCAGCUACAAAGUAGUUUCAUCACCGACCAUUGACUCAUUUGCUCUCGCAUCUCAAACCAUAGAAAAACGAGCAUAUCAAUCUAUGGAGAAUCGACGAGGAGGAGGUCGUCUUGGAAAACCUCGAUCCAAGUGUAGUUAUUGUCAUAAGUCUGGACACACUCGUGACAUAUGUCAUAAUUUGCAUGGUCCACCACCCAGUUAUGAUCCUGCUGCUCUAAAGGAAUAUAAUGAGUUCCUUCGUAAUCGUGCAAGUAAGCAUACAUCUUCACAAGAAGCAUUUGUUGCUCCGCCUGAUCGACCAUCCCAUAAUGCUCAUAUUGCUCAAUCAGAAUAUGAUGAGUUCCUUCAAUAUCGAGCAAGUAAGCAAACGUCUCCACAAGUAGCUUCGGUUGUUCAACAUGAUGUUGUUGCGGGUAAUUCUUUUGCUUGUGUUUCACAGUCUAAUACUCAUGGAUCAUGGGUCAUGGAUUCGGGCGCUUCUGAUCAUGUUUCUGGACCGCAGUACGGGACAGACGAUUGGCACAGGACAUGAAUCACAAGGCCUUUACUAUCUUACCUCUUCAAAUUCCUUAACAGCAUGCUCCGUUACAGAUUCCCCAGAUCUAAUUCACAAACGUUUGG